CCGAUCAAGGGAAAGAGCCAGCAGGCAGCAAUGAGUGAUGGUGGAACACGAAAGUAGUCGAGGCAUUUGUGGAAACAGGAAGCAACGAGGGAAAAGCAAAGGAUUAAGUCAAGCCGUUCGGGCGUCAGAAGGCACACCUUGUUGAAUUUUUUAUACCAUGAACUAUAAUCGCAAACAGCUUUUACAUUAUGGAGGACUUUUGGCGCUCUCCAGUGAACUCGGAAGCAAGUCUACAUAGAGCGUUGAGUCGUUCGAAUUGACGCACAAAUGAAAGACGGUGGGUUUUUUUUAAAUAGGGGCUGCUACGCAAUCUUGGCGAUUAUGUUAGCUAGCUAGCAACAUGAUCUGUUUUCAUUUGUUUAGAAAAUAACAUAGGUCAUUUUGAAAGUUUUGAUUAUCAAGCUAAAAGGAGCGAACCAAUGUUUUGCGAAUUCCAUUCUCAUCUCUGCUAUAAUUAAAUCAACAUGACUUUCCCCUAAACAAACACUCCUAACCGUUAGCUUCUAGAUAGCUAGCUCGCCACUGUCAAUAACCAGCUACUGUAGCAUGGAGGGAGAGAUGCAAGUGUUACCAUCGGAUCACUGUUGCAUAAUAACAAAUCGGUGUUGUAUCUGUAAAUCGCAUCCAUCUCCUCUACCGUGACGCAAAGCGACUUUUGACACCUUCGUUCAGUACGCUGACAUAAUGGACGUAAUUUGAUUGACGGAUUAAAUAAAAGGAAUUUCAAGACGAGAUGGAUUCUAACCCCGUGAUAAGUGCCAUGGACCCGUCCAUCACGCUGUGGCAGUUCCUGCUGCACCUCCUGGAGGACGACAGCCACAGGCACCUCAUCUCCUGGACCUCUGGGGACGGGGAGUUCAAGUUGUUGGACGCAGAGGAGGUGGCACGCCUCUGGGGGCUCCGCAAGAACAAGACCAACAUGAACUACGAUAAACUAAGCAGAGCACUCCGAUACUACUAUGAUAAGAAUAUCAUAAAGAAGGUGAGUGGGCAGAAGUUUGUCUACAAGUUUGUGGCCCACCCUGACCCUUCGGCAGUGGACUGUGUCAGAGGCGGUGAGGAUGCUCAGCAACAGGAGAAUCUUGAUGCAGCGGGCCAGACCAAGUCCCCAGGAGGGGGGUCUUCUAACUGCCCCUCCAAGAACCUGCAGACACAGCGUUCCUCUCCAGUCUCUGUCCAGCGCAGCUCUCGCAACGACUACAUGAAGUCAGGCCUCUACUCCACCUUCACCAUCCAGUCCCUCCAAGCCCCCUGCAGGACCUCUCCACAGCCUAUAAAGACUGAGCUGCUGAUUCAGGACUCUUCCCCCAGACCCCACAGCGCUGACCGGACGCUGCGGGAGGUGAGGGCCCACGACGAGGACCUCUCCAUUUUAACCAUGGUGUGUCUGGAUGGCCAGAGCUCCUCCAUGCAGGGCUGUGGCAGCGUGGAGAGCAGCCUGCAGGUCACACUGACUCAUCCCUCUCCCUGCGCCACGCCUGCCCUCAGCCCCCAGACACCGUCAGUGUCAACCACAGGCAGCUCGAAGUCUCAGCCACAGAAGACCCAGAACCUAAGCGACCCUCCUCAGAUCUAUCUGACCAGUGUGUCAGACCCUGGCUCCCUCACUCCUCUGACCCUGACCCCUGUUGGGGCCCCGGGGGAGUGUGUGGUGAACCAGCCUCAGGGCCACCCUGUCUUUGUGGUCAUCAAGCCCUCACCUGUGGUGCACUCCAAAGAGCAAAGCCUCCCGUCUGAAGAGGACCUGGUGGAGAUCAUGAGCUUGGAGGAGAAACAUCAUGUUGAAGAGGUUCCUGAAUCUGCAUCAGGACCAAGUGAACCUGAAACCCCCCUCUCCAUUGAUGUCCUCCCACCCUGCGUGGAACCAGUGGGCCAGCCUGUUGGGGAAGGGGAAGAACAGGGCAAAGACGAGGCCCAUUUACCAGAACAUUCCAUGACUCCAGCAGUUGCUCUUCAAGCGGCUACUCUUCCAGCUCGGUCGCCCCAGGAAGUACAACCACCGAAAGCCAAGAAACCCAAAGUCCUAGAACUGCCCUCUUCCUCAACCCUCCUACCCCCUGGUCUGUCACUGGAUCAGGUCAAUGCAGCCGUCAACAGCCUCCUGGCCCCUGGGAGUGCCACCAACACCCUAACUCCUACAGUGUUCACCUCCCAUUCUCUGACUCCUGUAUUACUGACACCCAGCCCUCUCCCCUCCACCAUCCACUUCUGGAGCACACUCAGUCCCAUUGCUCCUCGGAGCCCGGCCAAGCUCUCCUUUCAGUUCCCCUCCAAUGGAAGCAAUCAUAUCCAUAUCCCUGCCUUGAGUGUGGACGGCCUGUCGACUCCUGUAGUGCUGUCGCCAGGUCCACAGAAACCAUGAGGAGAGUCCUGGAGUCCUUCCACAGUCCUGUGGACAUUGAUUCCCCAGUUCAGCCUAUGGGACAGAAGGUACACGCCAUGAUCAGACCAAGUGCUCCCAGCCAGAGUGCACUCAUGAGUGGAGAGCUGGUGUCCGGAGUGCUGUUGAAUGAUGUUUUAGCAGUUGGAGUCUUCAUUCAAAGAACCUCAUGACGGGCUAGCCCAGCGGUUCUGGAUCAAGUCCAAGAGGUGGUGUUGGCAACUUUGAAACUUAAGAGGGGAUACUAUUUUUUAUUUUUAAUUUUUUUGUCUCGACAGAUAAGGUAUUUUUGGUGCGUCUCUCUUUCUUUGUAGAUUCAUAUUUUUGCCUCAAUUUUAACUUGAUAUAUUUUCCUGUUUUAUAAUAUCCCCAAUGACAGGGCACUUGACUGUAUAGAUUCAACUUUGUCCAUGAAAGCUUUAUGGUAGUGCUUGCCCAUUGUUUUACAUGCAAUUGGUUUCUUAUUCUCAAGUACUUUUCAAAUGACCAAUUACAUGAAGAAGAGAGAUGGAUACCUGUGGUGGUACCAUUCAGAGCGUUUUACUCUGAGAUGAACUUGGAAGGGAUGUUGAGGCUUGAUGCAGUUUUUUUUAAGAAGCCAAGUCAUUUGAACAUUUUAUAAUCAUGGUAAAGAAAUGACGCUUACCAUUGAUAAUCUCAUGGCUGGAUUGGAACUUUUAUUCUGGAAAAGUCAACCAUUUUUAUUUUAACAUGAAAACCAGAGAACCAGUGGAUGUGUUUUAACGAUUCAGAUGAAUACAUUAAAAUGUAUUGUUUAUUUUGAUGGAGAAUUAGGUGUGAUCACAUUCUAUUGUUAUGUGAAUUUGAUACUCAAUCAUGUUCACUGUCCAUUCCAGGUUUUCCUUUAGGUUUAAUUACUUGUUUAUUAUUUUGAUGCCAAGAUGGAACAUUGGUUCUGGAGUAUAAUGUGAAACUUGACCAAAGACCAGCAGCAUUGAUUAAAUCCAAUGUAAUUUUAGAGAUGCAGUGGUAGCCUUCAUUCAUACAAGGGCUAUAACACCUUAUAAUGCUACCAAAAUCACACACAGAAUCCCCAGUUUACUUUCAAAAUGGAUUUAGAAAAGACAAGGUUUGUUAACAUAAAUGUAUAUAAGCAUUAUACGGCAUGGUUGAAGAGUGAAGACCAACUAUAAUUUACAACAGAUUAGGUUAUCAUUGAAAUAUAACUGUUAAGCUUUUGAUCAACUUUUAUUUAAUUGAGUUUUUACUGAGAACAACUUGGUCGAUAUAGAGAUAUUUGUCCACUAGCCUUUAAAAUAAAAAAACAUUACUUUUUUAUCAGCAUACGAUUUGACAUUUUGACACAAUUAUUUACAUUUAUUCAGACUGCUUAUAGCAAAGAGCUUUAAAAGCUUUGUUGGUUGAUUAGAAAUAGGUGUCCAACAAUUAUUUUUGUACAUUAAAAGAGUAUACUUUACUCUUAAGAGUGCAUUUUAUAAAGUUCUGACUUAUGACAUUGUUAGCUCAGCUUGCUCCCAGUUAAAGGAGAUGCAUUAUUAUCCUUAACAACAGUCCAGCUUCACACCAAAUAGCCUUUCCAAAUAUAAUCACUGUAUCAUCUAAUGAAGUAGUGUUGUCCUUCUAGAGUCAGUGAACUACAGUAACUUGUUAUUGGCAGGGCUCUUUUGGUCUGUUACUGCACUGGAGUCCACUAGUUGCAUUUGGUAUUUAAUUUGUCAUGUUAGUUUGGGAUAUUUUAUAUCAAAAUUGUAAUGUGUAUCUAAAAACAUAGGAGUGCCUCAAGAAUAAGGAAUUGAACCAAACUGUUAAAGUGUUUUGGUUGAAUCCUCUCCCCAGAAUGUAAUGUGUCUUUCUCCGAUCACUGCUCUGCGACUGUUUGUUUCUCUGUGAGCCUGUCUAACCUCUGGUUAUAGUUACAGGUGCCCAGCAGAUCCAAGGAAAUAGGCUUCAUACGAUUACUAAGCAACCAUUGAAAUGAUGUCACAUCUGCCCACUCAGAAGCACUUAAAAAUAAUCCUAGUGGAUGUUUGGCUAUUCUAAGUACCCUCUUCACUCUCUUACCCUACUUCUAGUCAAGUAAAGACUGUUGGCCAGUGGUUUCAUGCAUAGCACUUUACCUUUAACUCAACAUCACAAUGUCAAAACCCUCUUUGAGGGACUGACUUUUUUCUACUUCAUUCCUGGUCACAAUUGGCAACACAAUUAGCUAGUAUUGGAACAGUGUGUGCCCUCUCAUCAAAUCAGUUACCCUUCUCUGUUUGGCAUUCAUACACGUAUGACAUGUUUUAAAGUCUGUUUGUGAUCAGUCACUAACUCCGAUGUCAUGGUGGUACACUUACCACAAGAAUAUGCCUUUUUAUUAUUCAUCAUGACAUGAGGAUAAAAGUAAUUUCUAACUCUGAUCACACUAUUGCAACUGAACGGUUAGAAACAACAGUUCUAAAUAUACAUGCAAUCUAUUCUAUGACAAUGCUCUUAGCAAUGCCUUGUUGGCUAGACUGUCUUUUUGUGCAGAGUGUAUUUAACAACAAAAUUGUAACAUCAUGGAAACAAGAAGAUAAUGAAUGCCUCUGUAUAUUUGAACAUCCUACACCCCAGUCUGUAGCUUUAUACAUCUCAGGCUGUGUUCUGUUCAUGAUAUUGCUGUCUUUUAACAGUUGUGUGCUAAGAUUAUUCCAUUGUAUUACAUGGGGCUUAAAAUGUACUAACCCCCUCUAAUUCAAAAACGAUAGUUUUGAUAGUUUGUGUGUAAUACUGUCCCCGUCCUGUAGUUCCAGUACCCUGAUGAUACUUCUGCCUGUGUAUUGCUACAGUACUGGUGAUACAUUUUUCUGUAACCUAGCAUGUUUGUGUUGUGUAGGCAAUUGAAUGAAAUGUGUUUACUAUUGACCAGUCACUUUUAUGACAUGAAUGUUGAUGGAUUUCUCAAAUACCUGGCCUAUUUCUCAGUUUGACAGCUGGAGGAUUUUCCCAGACCCAUGGGCUGACAGUUUAAAGCAGAUAGAGGAACAGUGAUGGGAUAGGGAUGUCAUAGGUCGUGAGGGAUAAACGGCAGCAUUUUACAGAAGAGAGAGACUGCUACUGAAUGCCUUCAGAAGAGAGACUGCUACUGAAUGCCUUCAGAAGAGAGACUGCUUCUGAAUGCCUCCAGAAGAGAGACUGCUACUGAAUGCCUCCAGAAGAGAGACUGCUACUGAAAGAUUAUGUUUGCUCAGUGUUGGGGCAAAAGCCUUGGAUAUAGAAGUUGUCCGUUCUGGUCACAAAUUAAAACUAUUCUUGGAAAUACAAGCCUAAGUGAUAUACCUAAGAAUACAGUGUGUUUGUCUGCAUAUGAAUAAUUGUCUAUACAGAAAUGUAUUGCUUUUGUAAAUGUGUUAUUGCAGUUUUAUCACGUAGAUACAGCGCUCUGCUACGUCUUCUAUGAUAAGAGGAUCUGACUGUUGUGUGCCAGAGUUUGUUAUUCUAAUGCAUUUAUGGACAUAAGCCUUGUAAUGUGCUGUAAAUAUGUUCUAAAUGAGUUCAUAUUGAAGCUAUUUUCAGAUAUGGAUAACAUGAAAAUAUUCACUUGAUCCUCUGUUCAUCCCAGUUUUCAGAUGGCUCAUGACCCAGACGUCAGUUCAACAUCUAGGUUCGAUUUACAUUUGGUUGAGUUGUCAACUAGUGUGAAUUCAACAAAAACAAAUCACCAUGUCAUUGGAUGUUGGGAUAAAAGAAAAGAAAAGGAAAUGUUGAUGACUUUUUGCAAAUCCAAUCAGUUUUUCACGUUGAUUUAACGUCCUCACAAUGACUUGGAAACAAUGUUGAUUCAACCAGUUUUUUCCCAGUGAAGAGGAGGUUGUUGGUCAUGUGCUUGUCUUUAACAAACUGGCCCUCUUUGUCCCAGUCCCAUAGUCUACACAUUUUUGCAUUUUGCUGUCUCGAAUCUCCUGAAAACUGUACGGAAAUCAGUUUUUAACGCAAAGCAAGUUUAGCUGAACUAAUAAACUAUGAUAUCUAUCAAAUGUAAAUUGGAUAUAAACACACCAGGCCAUUCUGAACCAUCUUGAGACUGUUAAUAAUAUACAGCAUGUAUGAAUUUAAUCAUUAUUUUUAGACUACAAUGCAAAUGAUGUAAGAAAUGAAUUAGCCAAAGCCUUAAAGUUUAGUUUUUGGACAAAUGGAGAUGAGGAACAUUUGGGUGUUAAAUAUCCACUUAUGCAAGUGAGGGAUUUUUUUGAAACGGGUGAGAUGCAUAUUGAGAAGAAAAGCCAUUUAUUGGAACAUAUUAUCACCUACCAGAAGUGGGAAAAAUUGAGCAUCUUGAGUUGCUUAGAAGUUCGAUAAACUUCAGUUUUUGAGUUCACCACUUCUUUCACCAGCAAAAGAUGUAUUGAUUGUCUUUUUCCAUGGAGGGAUAUUUUACUCUGCUCUUGAGCGCUAUAGUCUGAACACCACACAGAGACACAUUGUCUUUCAUCUCAUUGUAACUUAAAUGCUACAUACAGUACAUUGUUUUUAGGUUGUAUGAAACUUGCAGUUGUGUUUUCAAACGUUCUGUGGCUCUCAACUCUGACCAGAGAUUUGAGCUGCAUUUUAUUGUCUCUUUUUGAACGUU